AUGACACAAGUGAUAGAGGGAAAAUAUGUCUACUUUUCCAAAGAAAAAAAAAAGAAAGAAAGAAAUAUGAUGAAGAACGAAGACACAGGUUUUAAUGUGGACAAUACACAAGCCUCUCCCUUUUCCCGCUGCCUGCAGCCACUGAGCCCUGUUACAAAGCCACACAGAACAACACCAUUUGGUGAAGAAUUCAGACAGCACCUCUCACAUUUCCGCUAUGGCCCUCCUCCUCUUGGAGACAUGGAAAGUUUUCAGGGGUCCUUGGAAGGAGGGUCUCGGAAACGCAAGAGCAUGCCAACAAAAAUGCCUCCUUCUAUUGCUCUUGAGGGUUCCUCAUCACCACCCCACAGACCUGAAGAUCAAAAUGAUAUAGGAUCUUCCAGUCUUCCCUUGGUGUUUCAACAGCCAGUACAGCCCAAGUACAGUUCCCAGAUGAUUGACCUCUGCAACUUUGGUUUUCAGUUCUACAGAACUCUGGAGCAUUUUGGAUCCAAGCCCAUUAAGCAAGAACCAGUAAAGCCUAACAUGGCAUGGCCUAGUAGUCCAGCAUUCAUGCAGGCUCCUUACCCUUAUUAUCCUAAAGUCCAUCCUGGCUUCAUGUUUCCUUUUAUUGUGCCCCCAAACCUUCACUUCAGGAACCCCAUUCAAAUGAAAAGGCCUCCAGAGCCACCCUUCAGGAGGGCAGAAGUGAGAGAAAGUGGUGAAAAUAAACAGAAAGUGGAAAGAGUAGAUGUCAACCUUCAGAUAGACGACAGCUACUACGUUGAUGUUGGGGGUGAACAGAAACGCUGGCAAUGUCCCAUGUGUGAGAAGUCCUACACAUCCAAGUACAAUUUGGUCACCCAUAUCUUGGGGCACAGUGGCAUUAAGCCACAUGCUUGCUCCCGAUGUGGCAAGCUUUUCAAGCAGCUGAGCCACUUGCACACUCAUAUGCUCACACACCAGGGCACGAGGCCACACAAAUGCCAGGUGUGCCACAAGGCUUUCACUCAAACCAGUCACCUUAAGAGACACAUGAUGCAACACAGUGACAUCAAGCCUUACAACUGCAGGAUCUGUGGCAGAGGUUUUGCGUAUCCCAGUGAGCUGAAAGCACACGAGUCCAAGCAUGAGAGUGGCCGAGAGAACAUUUGUGUGGAGUGCGGUCUGGACUUCCCCACCCUGGCCCAGCUGAAGAGACACUUAACAACCCACCGUGGCCCAAUACAGUACAAUUGCACUGAAUGUGAUAAGACCUUCCAGUACCCAAGUCAGCUGCAAAACCACAUGAUGAAGCACAAAGACAUCCGUCCCUAUAUCUGCACUGAAUGUGGCAUGGAGUUUGUGCAGCCCCACCAUCUCAAACAGCACUCCCUAACUCACAAGGGUGUGAAAGAGCACAAAUGUGGAAUCUGUGGCCGGGAAUUUACUCUGCUGGCCAACAUGAAGCGACAUGUCCUGAUCCACACCAAUAUCAGAGCAUAUCAAUGCCAUUUGUGCUUCAAGAGCUUUGUGCAAAAGCAGACUCUCAAGGCACAUAUGAUUGUUCACUCUGAUGUCAAGCCUUUUAAAUGCAAGCUGUGUGGAAAGGAGUUUAACAGAAUGCACAAUUUAAUGGGACACAUGCACUUGCACUCAGACAGUAAGCCUUUCAAGUGCCUCUACUGUCCCAGCAAAUUCACCUUGAAGGGGAACCUAACAAGGCACAUGAAAGUCAAACAUGGGGUCAUGGAAAGAGGAUUUCAUUCUCAAGGUUUUGGAAGAGGAAGAAUUGCUCUGUCCCAGACAAAUGUCUUGAGAAGCUUGGAACAGGAAGAGCCCUUUGAUCUUUCCCAGAAGAGCCAAGGGAAAGGAAUCUCAUUUCAUUCAGAUGGCGAGAGUGCCAAGGGAAGCUCAUGCCAGGAAGAAGAGGAAGACAACUGCUAUGAGGCAGAGCAGUACAGCCCUGGCAUGUAUCAUCAUGACAACAACAAGCUAUAUACACCUCAAGAUCUGUCUGGCAAACCAGACUGCAUGAUGAAGGGCUUCAGAGAGUCCUACUGCAAUGAGAAUGAAGAAAUAUUAAGUGAGGGAGGACUGGAGAAAAGAAUAGGGGAUUCAGACAACCAGGAGAGCCAAGGAGAGAGAGACACCGCAAACAAUAAAGAACACCUGAGCUUUAGAUCUUUCGAAAAGGCCAGACUUGGCCAUUCUCUCUCUGAUUACUUGUAUUUCAAGCACAGGAACAAAAGUUUGAAAGAAUUACUGGAAAGAAAAAUGGAAAAACAAACAAUGCUUAUAGGCAUUUAA